GUGGGUGCGCGUUAGCAGUUCGGUCAGCCAAAAUGCUGGCAAAAAUAUUCACUACAGUUAAAUACACUUUGGUAGCAGUUAACUUUCUAUUUCUGAUAACGGGAAUCAUCAUUUUGUCUGUGGGCAGUUCGGUACAGUCCGCUUACAAUGGCUACCAUGAGUUCCUCUCUGAGAGGUUCUUUUCGCUCCCCGCGUUCUGCAUCGCGACUGGAGUCAUCAUAUUCCUGAUUUCCUUCGCUGGAUUCUAUGGCGCCUUUAUGGAGAACUAUUAUAUUAUUAUGGCGUUCGUCGUAUCCAUGUUGCUGAUGUUUAUAUUCCAACUUUCUGCGUGUAUCGGCGGAUACGUACUGCGAGGGAACACUGUCGCCCUGGUGCAGAAACAACUCCUUAGCACCAUGCAGUUGUAUGACGCGAAGAAGAACUUGCCAGUCACCGUACUGUGGGAUGAAGUACAAAGAGACUUCUCUUGCUGCGGUGUUGUCAGUCCGAGUGAUUGGCUCACUCCCCUCGAUACUAACGCCUCACAAGGCGUGCCGGUCAGUUGCUGCUCGCACGUCUGGGGCACCAUCAACACGUUCACGUGCAACACCACAGAUGCCUUCCAAUCAGGCUGCGCGGAGGCAUUCGGAAACUGGGUGCAGAAACACGUCGGCGCUAUUGGGAUAUCGGGCAUCGUUUUAGUAUUAAUGCAGGCUAUGGCAGUAGCGGGCGCGGUUUGGCUCGCAAAUAUAACGAGACAGGAACGGGAGUUUCCGUAAUAAGUUAUGGCUAAAUAAUAUAU